ACUCAGACGCUCAAGCUAUCCAUUUGUCCAGAGCUCCCCUGCAAUGGCGUCCGAAAGAAAGAAGGAGAAAAUUGAGAAGUGGCUAUGGCGACGAGCUUGAUUGAACGUUGGCAACAGCGAAGAAGAAAACCAGAGUGCAGUGGCCAUGGCAAUGGCAGCCCAAGCUUUUCUUCCAUAGAAAGCUCGCUUGCUGUGUGGGUGGUGGGCCAACCACAACUGUCAUCUAUUCCUUACACUUUCACCCAACACCAUCACCAUCUUUUCUCUCUCUCUUUCCCUUUCCCUUUCUCUCUCUCUUUCUCUCACCAUUGUCAAAUCUUUCCCCUAUUCUGCUUCUUCCUUGCUUUCUUUUUCCUUCUUUUUCCUCCAUGUCUUUAAUGGCGGCCGAUAUGCGAAUUCUAUGCGGAAAGAUAGAGAGUCGGUGAUGGAUAAGCAUCUGGUCCUCUUUUUUACUGGUUGUCUAGAGAGAUUACUACAUUUUAAAAGUCUUCUAGUUGUUGCUGUUGGUUUUGUUCUUCGUGUGGUCGGUGGAAUUGCUGAAAAUUUUGGACAUCGAGAGCGGGGGUGGGGUGUGGUGUGUUCGUUCUAAAGUGGAGUGUGAUGUUUUGGACUUUCUGUGAUGGAUUUGGAGUGAAUUUAGUUAAACUUCGAUCGAUUUCAUUUCGAUUUGGAGAGUUUAAUCGCAUUUCUGAAGUUUUUGUUAAGGUUUUUGAAUCGGUUCGAGAUAGUUGUGAAAGUGUACUGAAUCAGAAGAUACUAGAAUUUGAGUUCUAAUGCUUCUGAUCAACCUCUGAUAAGAAGAAAUUGAGGAAAAUAUAUUAUGAAAUCUUCGAGUUCAUGAAUUUUCAUUUUGGAGAUAAUGUUCCCUCAGUUAUCUUUUCUUCCAAGAAAACUACGAAUCUCUCGAUAUUCUAAGAUUUUGCUGAAUUUCUGGGCACGUUACAACGCUUCGAUCCGAUUCCUUGCCAUUUCAAGAAGCCGUGACUAAAUUUUGCUGUGUCCGCCCGAUUGGUCAUCUAGAUUCCAUGCCUGUUUUUCGUCACACUGGAUUUCUCAGGGUCAGCUCUCGAGAGUUCAUGCAACCAUAUUAGAGAAGAAAUAUUUGGACGGAAUCUUUGAAGAAAAUGGGGAAGGAUUCCAAAAGAAUUAUGGUUCGUUAUGAGAAGGAUCAGAGGGGCUGUAUGUGGGGUUUGAUUAGUUUAUUUGAUUUCCGCCAUGGCCGCGCCUCCAGGAAGCUAUUAGCAGACAAGAAGCGUCCUGGCAGGGAAACUGUUGCAGGUACUGGAAAUUCAAGAAAUAAGUUUGAGAUUUUGGCUAAUCUGGAUGAAGAUUGUAGUGUUACUUUGAACAGUGAAGAAUGUAAGACAGUAGACAUUGGAAAGCCCAGUGUCAAGAAACUCAUAGAAGAAGAGAUGUUCAAUGAGCAGGACGCAAAGAGAAUCGAGCGUGAACACUCGGGCCACUUAAAGAUGAAUGACCCGAAAAAAGUGAAGAAGAGUCAGAAGAAAAGCCGUGAUAUCGAUGCUGAUUCGUUUAAUGCUGCGGAGUAUUUGAAGGAACAAAGUGUUAAUAAUCUUCCUGUUGAUGUGAUGCUAAAGGAGAUCUACAGUCAAAUCCAUCGGAAGAACACGAGCGACCUGAAGUUUGACCCGAACGACAAAGCAGAUAUACAAUCAAAUGAGUUCCUUGCUGAUUUAGAACAAAAAAUGGUUGAUGCACUUAAGGAAUAUUUUGGCCAGAAGUUCAAUAUUGGGAAAGAUUUCACUAAAAUUCAGAAAGUUCAACACUCAAGAGAGAUCAUGGAUGCACUUCAGAUUCCCCAUUCUGAUGACAAGCUAGUUCACGAACUCGCACAAAACCCGAACUCUGUGUUACUCAAGUACAUUAGAAAUUUGCACAAUUUGUCGAUAGAAAAAGACGUGGAACCCAAGUCACACGAGUUCAGUGAAGUUAGCCAGUCUGAGGAGAUUGUUGAUCAUAAGCAACGUUUGUUUUUCAGGAGAAAGGUCAAGAAUCCGGUAAGGAACGUAUCCAAAGGGAACGAAAAUUCUGAUGCAUCGAGUAAGAUUGUAAUCCUGAAGCCAGGGCCAAAAGGUUUGGUGAAUUCUGAGGCUGACAACAUUCAUCCGUCAGUCCAAAAUUCUACUGCUAACGAUAAAACGAAAGUGCUGAAUGAGAGGGUCGGUUCGAACUUUUUUCUUUCAGGAAUCAAGAGGAAAUUUAGAUAUGCUAUGGGAAAAGAUCACCAUGAACACUCUGCUUAUGGUUCAGAUAGAUUUUCUUGUGAUCAUCACAGUACAAAGGAGAGUGAAGAGGGUGUUCAUAAGGAAGACAGUGCAAGAAAUUCUACCAGCAAGGACCACUUUUUUAUUGAAAGAAUUUCCAGGCCUUCCACUGAUAGCAAGAGAAGGGAGAAGGCUGGAAAACUCAAAAGCUUGGAAAUUAAUCAUGAUUUGGGAAAUGUUUAUAACGGUAGGAGAUGCUCGUCUAAUAUUUAUGUCGAGGCAAAGAAACAUCUUUCCGAGAUGCUUAGCAGUGGGGAUGAAAGUGUAGACUUUUUAAGGGGACAUGUGCCGAAGACCCUCGGACGGAUUCUAUCUCUUCCUGAGUAUAGUUUUUCUCCCAUUAGCAGUCCUAAAAUGGACUGCAAGCUCAGUCCAGUAACUUCAGAGAAGAGAGUUUCUGCUGGUAGCCGACUUUUAAAUGUUAAUGAAAUUACCCCGUCGCUCAAGGGCGAAAAUGACGAUACCCCAAUCAGUGUGCAGCCUCCAACUGAUGAUAACCACGAUAUGAAGAGCGAUAUCGUUGAUCAAAGUAUAAGGGAAGAAGCUGUGAGUUCUAGUACUAAUGGGAAGAUUUCUGAAGGUGAUAUUGAGAUUCUGAAGGUAAAUGAAAUUGCAGUCCAUGAGGAGAGUAAUGUUUUGGAUGCUCCCUCUGGCUCAAGUGAAUAUUCUCUUUUGAGAGAAGAUCGGAAUGGUGAAAUGGCCGACGAUGCAUGCGAUGAGAGAACUGUUUCUUAUGUUCCCUCCGACACGAUUGCUUCUUCCCCUAUCAGAGAAGGCCACGAUAAUGACACACGAGACAUGGGCGACGAUAAACCUUCAAUGAGCUUGUCCCAAGAUUCGUCUGAAGAAAAUCAACUGUCUCCAUCUCGCUCGGCAUCGUCUUCUAGCUCACCUACACAAGGAAAGGCUGUUGGAGAUUUAGAUGGUGUUUCCGAUGUUCCAGAGCGGCCGAGCCCUGUUUCAGUUCUUGAGCCAUUAUUUGUAGAUGAUAACCUGAGCCCUCUGCAUGCCAUGGCUUUGCCUGCAGGGUUGCGAGUCCAACCAAUGCAUAUCGAAUUUGAAGAACGUGAACCUGCAGAAACCGAUAAGGCUAACGUCACGAAAUCGUUAAAGGAAGAUAAGGAAGUGGUUUUUGACUAUGUAAAGGCAGUGCUGUUGGCAUCUGGACUUAGCUGGAACCAAAUCUGUGGAAAGUGGCUCUCUUCAGAACAGCUUCUUUACUUGUUACUACUCGAUGAGAUAGAGCUUUCCCCGAACCAGCUGUGCUCCAACCAGCAGCUCCUCUUUGACUGUAUUAAUGAAGUACUUGCCGACUUUUGUCAAAGCUAUCCGCCAUGGUUCUCGUUCGUACAACCUUGUCUACGGUCCGAAUAUCUGCUCGAGAUUUGUGAAGGAGUAUAUUGGCAUCUUCUUCCAAUGCCACAGCCCCUUACAUUGGACCACCUUGUCAGGAAGGACAUGGGCAGAACCAGAACAUGGAUGAACCUUCAUUCUGAUGCUGAAACCAUCGGUACCGAGACGUGUCAAGCCAUAUUCGAAGAUUUAUUGGAUGAUACCGUAUUCAGCUGCGUGUUUGAUAGUUCAGAAUUCGACGACGGAUUUGGCAUGGAGACUGAAAACAUGAGUGAUGACUUGUAAAGAAUUGCACAUCUGGUAAAAUAAUCAACUUGGGAGGACCCCUUCCCCUUGAUGAACUAUAAUAUGACUGAGCUUUUGCUAACUUGUCUCCUCAGAUCUGUGUAGAUAUGGUUAGCUCCAUAACCAUGGCUUUUCUGGCCUUCCGUGCUCGUUCUAGUCGUCGAACUACUAAUGCCUUUGAUGGAGAAGGUUUAAAAGUUUGGUCGUAGAUGAAACACAGAGUUUGGUCCUUCAUAUCUGUCUUUUACAGCUGACAUAUAUCAUCUGCGGGAUCGGGAACGAGAUUCGUAUAGUUAUCGUAUUGUAGGUGGCGCCAUCCUUUGUAGAUCUUGUAGAGUUUCGUGUGUUAUAUUAGUCGAGGAAGUCGAUAUCGUGUGGUUUGAUUCAUUGAUUUUUCUCUUUUCUUUUCUGGUUUCGGUUGUGAGAAUUGCUCCUUUUUUCUUACAAGUAUGUAAUAAAGUGCGUUCCCUUUUCAUGCA